AUGGCCAAGGGUAAGAAAGGAAAGAAGAACCAACAAGACGAAGAUGCCGAGUGGGAUCGUCUUGAAAAAGAAGCCGCGGCGAAAAAAGCCGCUGCGGCUAGUUCCACUGGUGGUGGCGACGCUGAGCCGCAAAUGAGCAAAUCACAGAUGAAGAAACUAAAACGAGAGGCGAAGAAAGGCAACAAACAGCAAGGUUUUGCCCAGCUUGAAGUCGAAGACGAAGAGCCAGAAAUCGAGGAAAGCGAGGAAGAUAUUCCAGCGCCCCUUCCAGCCAAAGGAAAGAAAAACAAGAAGAACAAGAAAAAGGGCGGCUUCGCUGCUUUGGACCUUUCAGAUGAAGAAGAGGAGGAAGAAGAAGAAGAGAUCGUCUCGCCUCCUCCACAAAAGAAAGGCGGAAAGAAAAAUAAAGGAAAGGGGGCUAAAGGAGGUUUCGCUGCUCUGGAAAUGUCAGAGGAAUCAGAGGAGGAAGUCUCCGAGGCUGAAUCAGAGGAAGAAGUUAAGCCGCAAAAGGACAAAAAAGGUAAAAAGGGCAAAAAUCGCGAGCCCUCGCCUGAACCCGAAUUGAAAUCGAAAAAGAAGGGUAAAAAGGGAAAACGAUCGCCGACACCUGAACCGGAACCUGAACCGGAGCCAGUUGUGGAAAGCAAAUCCUCAAAGAAAAAGGAUAAGAAAUCGAAGAAAAAGUCAAAGUGGGAGGAACUCGCCGAGCCCGAACCGGAACCAGAGGCUGAGCCGGAACCUGAGCCAGAGCCCGAAAAGAAAUCUUCGAAAAAAGACAAAAAGAAAGACAAGAAAUCGAAAAAAUCAGCUUUUGAACAGUUGGCGGAUGAAAUGGACGAGGAAGAAGUUGAAGAUGUUGUUGAGGAAAUGGAGGAUUUGAGCAUUUCAAAGAAAAAGAAGCGUGGAGGUAAGAAAAAUGCAGAUAACGAUUCCCGGGACAUUGCCGGGGACGCCGAAGAUCACGAUGGUCUUAUCUAUUUUGAUGCCGAGGAGGAGAAACUGCGCAAAAAGGAAGCUGAGGCCGAAAAACGUCGAGCCGAGGCGGAGGAAGCGAUGAAAACGAUGACCAGGAAGGAAAAGAAAAAAUUCUUGGCUAAAAUGGCAUUGGAAGAUGAGCUGCGGAAAAUCGAGGAGAAUACGGCUAACAUGGGAUCUUUUGCGGUCUCGCAGCAAGAAUCUGCCGGAAAAGAAGUUGAGGGAGAUGAUAUCAAGAUUGAUAAUUUCUCUAUUUCCGCUGGUGGCCGAGAACUGUUCAAAGACGCAAAGUUGAAAAUUACGGCCGGACGGCGAUACGGUCUCGUUGGCCCCAACGGCCGCGGUAAGACCACCCUUCUUCGGCACAUUGGCAACCGAGCUCUCAGGAUCCCAAAGCAUAUUGACACACUCUAUUGCGAACAAGAGGUCAAGGCUGAUGAGACGCCAGCCAUUGAAGCGGUCCUCUCUUCUGAUGUCAAAAGAACGGAACUGAUCGCCGAGCAAAAGCGAAUUCAAGCCCGAUUGGAACGAGGCGACACAUCCGUUUUGGAAAGAUUGCAAGAAAUCGAUGAGGAACUUAUCGCCAUUGGAGCAGAGUCGGCUGAAGGUCGCGCCAGGCGAAUCUUAUCCGGUCUUGGUUUUACUAAGAAAAUGCAGGCCCGGGCGACCAAAGAUUUCUCUGGCGGUUGGCGAAUGCGAGUUUCCCUCGCACGUGCUCUUUUCAUCGAGCCAACGUUGUUGCUGCUCGAUGAACCUACAAACCAUCUCGAUUUGAACGCCGUCAUUUGGCUGGACAACUAUCUUUGUGGAUGGAAAAAGACGCUGUUGGUCGUUUCUCACGACGCCGGCUUUUUGGACAAUAUCUGUACCGAUAUCAUGCACCUGGAGAACAAGAAGCUCGUCUAUUACAAGGGCAACUACAGUCAGUUCCAGUGUAUGCACGAGCAGCAUAUGAAGGAAAUGCAGAAAGCAUAUGAAAAGCAGCAGAAGAAUAUUAAAGCUAGCAAGGCAAAAGGCCAAAGCAAAGCCAAAGCUGAGACGAAGGCCCGCGAAGCUCUUACGAAAAAGCAAGCAAAGAAUCGGGCAAAGCUCGCUGGUAAUAUGGAAUCGUCUCAAGACACACAGACAGAACUCAUCGAAAGACCGAAAGAAUACUCCGUCAAGUUCCGCUUUCCAGAAGUUCAAAAUCUCAAUCCGCCGAUUCUUGGUCUCUACGACGCGUAUUUUGGGUAUCCAGGGCAGAAACCACUUUUCAAAAAUGUCAACUUUGGUAUCGACAUGGGAUCAAGGAUAUCAAUCGUGGGUCCAAAUGGUGUUGGCAAGUCUACAUUCCUCAAACUGCUCAUAGGAGAGGAGCAACCGACGGAUGGCGAAAUGAAGAAAUCACAUCGUGUUCGAAUCGGGUACUACUCGCAGCACUCGGCGGAACAGCUCGAUCUUAAUAAAUCGCCCGCCGAGUAUCUGGUCUCAAAGUUUUCCGCUGAUGACGAUCUCAAAAUUACAACUCAACAAGCUCGAAAACACCUCGGAUCCGUGGGAUUAGAAAGUCAUGCGCAUACUAUUCCAAACAGAGAUUUAUCAGGUGGCCAGAAAUCACGAGUUGCGCUCGCUGAGCUCAUUAUCAUGGCGCCGGACAUCAUUAUCCUCGACGAACCGACUAACAACUUGGACUUGGAGUCGAUCGACGCGCUCGGAGAAGCUAUUAACGAAUAUGAGGGAGGUGUAGUGAUUGUUUCUCACGACUCCAGACUCAUCUGCGAAACGGAAUGCCAACUUUGGGUUGUUGAAGAACAAACCAUCAACGAAAUCGACGGCGACUUCGACGACUACAGAGAAGAGAUCCUCAAGGAACUUGGUGAAGAGAUCAACGCCCUUGGUGCUACAGGAGAUAACCGAGAUGAUUCCGAUUCCUAUUCAGACUGA